GUUGGUUAUCAUGUCGAUCUAAUAAGUCGAAUGUCGCCAGUUCGAGCCUGGCUGUGACCAUAGAUUUUUUCUAUUUACUGGAAGUAUCCAUACUUCGAAUAUUUUGUUGACUUACUUUAUGUAGUUUAAUAUUUUUUUUUUAUCUGUCCCUAUCCGUUUCGUUGCUUUCCUAAUCUACUUUUAUUUCCCUAUCGUUUAACUUGUUCGCCAAAAUAGGACAAAACUAGAAACAAUGGCAUGUGCAAGUAUUGCCCUUCGGUUAACCACACUUUACAUAUUAACCGAUUUUUUUUUUUCGAUUUCUAGUGCCAGCCAAGGUUACACCUAGGUACAACAUUUUUAAAAGAGCGCACUUCAAGUACGAAAGACAUAGAAUGAAAAAUUUAGUGGUUUUUGGAACUCAGUCACAUCCAAAACUAACAGAAGCAAUAUGUGAGCAUCUUUGCUUGGAUGUAGGUCGAGCCGAACUUGGAAAAUUCAGUAAUGGAGAAACCUCUGUAAAAGUUAAACAAUCUGUUCGUGGUUGUGAUGUUUAUAUUAUUAGCCCGGCUUCUGGGCGAGUCAAUGACCAUUUCAUGGAACUUUUGGUCAUUAUUUCUGCAUGUAAAACUGCUUCCGCCAAAAAGGUGACCGCUGUCUUGCCCGUUUUCCCUUAUAGCCGUCAACCUGACCAAAUUUUUUCUUCUCGAGGCGCACCUCUUCUAGGAUCUUCUUCUGAUGGCGUUUUAGAACCAAAACGCACUUCGUCGUAUUCGUCAUGGAUUGCUCAAUCCGGAACUUUGGUUGCUGAUUUAUUGAUGUGUGCUGGAGCUGAUCAUAUUAUCACUAUGGAUCUCCACGACCCUCAAUUUCAAGGUUUCUUCGACAUUCCCGUCGACAACUUGUUUGGUCGUCCUUUACUGAAGGAUUAUAUAGCCUUGAAUAUUCCUGACUAUCAUAAUGCAGUCUGUGUAUCACCAGAUGCUGGUGGUGCAAAACGAGCUACUGCUAUAGCCGAUUAUUUAGGAUUGGAUUUUGCUUUGAUCCACAAAAAUCGUCGUCACGAAAGUGGAGUCUCAUUAAUGCUUGUUGGUGAUGUAAAAGACAAAAUAGCUAUUCUAAUUGAUGAUUUAAUUGACACUGCUUCAACUCUGGUGAGUGCCGCCGAAUUUGUUAAAAAGCACGGAGCUAGCCAGAUUUACGCUCUUGUUACACACUGUGUUCUGUCUGGUGAUGCUAUUGAACGUGUAAAGCAAUCUUGCAUUGACAAACUCAUUGUAACCAACACAGCUCCUCAAACAAUUGAACCCAGUGACUGCUUCGAUAUUAUUGAUGUUGCUCCUACUUUUGCUGAGGCUAUCCGUCGCAUACACAACGGAGAAAGUAUUUCCAUUUUGUAUGACCAAAACCACGCUUGGAUAUAAAAUUUUUGGUGUUGAUUUGUACUUAUUUCUAGUCAAAUGUUUUUUUGCCGAUGCCAUCUAUUUUGCUGACAUGAUAAAAGCCUUUGACGUGCUUUACAUAUGAUUGUCAGAUUGUUUUGGGAUACUUUUGAUUUGCUUUUGUUCAUUAUUUCUUUUUUUUUUAGGGUGAGAAAAUAGAUAUUCUACAAACGGACUUUUAAUAAUAAAU